AUGGCGUUUGUUUGCCGAAAUGCUGCCGCACUACUGAAAUCGAGCAGGGCAGCGCCCACCUUACUGUCAGCCACCGUUCGUCCGUGCAGCUCGGGUGCCCACUAUGAAUAUAUCAAGGUGGAAAAGCGUGGUGAGAAGAAAAAUGUGGGUUUCAUCCAACUGAAUCGACCAAAAGCUCUCAAUGCGCUGUGUGACGGCCUGAUGACGGAGGUGGGUCAGGCCUUGGAUGCCUUUGAAAACGACGGAGGCGUGGGCGCCAUUGUCAUCACCGGCAGCGACAGAGCGUUUGCAGCUGGGGCGGACAUAAAAGAAAUGCAGAAUCUCACUUUCCAGGACUGUUACGGCGGUAACUUUCUUGCUCACUGGAACAGAGUGUCCACGAUGAAGAAGCCUGUGAUUGCGGCUGUCAAUGGAUUUGCAUUGGGAGGAGGAUGUGAGUUGGCGAUGAUGUGUGACAUCAUCUACGCUGGGGAGAAGGCACAGUUUGGCCAACCCGAAAUCCUGUUGGGGACCAUUCCUGGGGCGGGGGGCACCCAGCGUUUGACCCGCGCGGUGGGCAAGUCUCUGGCCAUGGAGAUGGUGCUGACAGGAGAUAAAAUCAAUGCCCAAGAAGCCAAGCAGUCAGGUUUGGUGAGUAAAAUUUUCCCUGUCGAUGAACUGGUUUCGGAAGCGGUCAAAUGCGGUGAGAAAAUUGCUGCCAAUUCCAAACUGGUGUCCACCAUGGCCAAAGAGGCAGUUAAUGGAGCCUUUGAACUGACUUUGGCUGAGGGGAAUCGUUUGGAAAAGCGUUUGUUCCAUGCAACGUUUGCUACGGACGAUCGCAAAGAGGGCAUGACUGCAUUUGUGGAGAAGAGAAAGGCCAGUUUUCAGGACAAGUGA